UAAUAGGAGAGUGAUCAGAGAAUUAGAAAGAAUUGAAGUAACAUGGCUUACUCAAGGUCAUUUAUGUUUCUUGGUGUUAUUCUUUUUGUUAUUCUCUCAACUCAAGUUUUAGAUGCAAAUCAUGUACCCGAGCCUUCUAAUACUAAGCCAAUGGCCAGCGUGCAAAGCCGUUUGAUGGUUCCGGAAUCUGAUUUGAUGGCUAUCAAUGAGCUGACUAAGAAGGCGGAUGUCCUGCUCAAGAAGGUGAAGAAGCUCAAUGAGGAGUUCUUAGAUUUAAAGGAAAGGCUGAAGUCCUCUGUUGAAACCUCGAUAAAUGUCGAGGAGAAGACUGCUGAUCCUGCUGGGGAAUACAAGAAUUCUAGUCGAGCUGCAUUGAUCGCAAAGAUUUUCGAGUCUGAAUCCCUACUGUUGGAAACCGCUAAGUCCAGCUUCGACAUGCUAGAUGCUAGUACUGAACCCCAGCGUGGAGUUGGUAACUGAGGGCUUGGACGAGUUCAAGGAAGUUCGCGACGAGCAUAUCGUCUCUCCUCCUCCUGAAGAUUAAAGUUGUUGUAAUUUAAUGUUUUUUUAUGUGUCGGCAUUAUGCUCGCCUUGAAGGCACCUUAUGAUGUACCUCUUCACAAAGUGUAGUCCUCAAGUCUGCUUUAUGUUAUUGUACUUUGAUUUUUCUUUUUA